ACUCUUAUAUAUUUUGUAAACUCUAUCUAUUCAUCCAUGUCCGCUGCAGAUAUAGAGGAGUGGCGCAAGUUGCUGGCAAUUGCAACUAGGCCAUCUGUAAAGUCCCAAAUUGAGAGCUUUAUCAGCACAUUGGAAUCUUCGGCCAAACUCGAAACUGUUGUCCCGAAACCUGCAGUUCAAUUCAUAAGCAUCAAGUCCUUUUCAUGGGAUCAAACUGGAAAGUUUGUAACGAUCCUCAUCCCAUUCACCGAAGAAGUCUCUGAUGUUGUCAUCGACUAUGAAGCUCAGCUUGUAGACAUCAAGAUUACAUCCGGAGCCAAGCAUUAUCAGCUAAAACUCAAACUUUAUUCCGAGGUCCUCGCAAGCGGAAUAACAUGGAAGUUCAAGAGCGGCUAUGUGCAUGUAAAACUACCAAAGGCCUCUGAAGGCACAUGGAGCUCCCUAUCUCCAGAACCAGCAAAGAAACAGCCUCCAAAACCUUCAUCUGAUGAUAAUCCACAAGCAAUGAUUAUGGACCUCAUGAAGAACCUUUACAAUGAGGGUGAUGACAACAUGAAGCGUACAAUUGGAAAGGCGUGGACUGAAGCGAUGGAAAAACGAAUGGAUUCAAAUUUUAACUUGUCUUAAAGUGUUCUAUUAUAGCUGCCGUGGCAUCUUGGAGCUUUUUCUCUAGAGAUAAAAUUAAUGGAGCA